CCCGCCCCCAGCACCGCCCACACACGGGGGUCCGGCGGCACCGUGCCCAGGGGAGAGCCCGCGGAGCCGGGGUGGGCGGCGCAGUUAUUUCCUGAUAUUUGGUGAUAAGCUGGCUGCAGAGUGGGGAAGUGUUGGAGUUCCAGGGUACCUUUUGUCCCUGCCAGCCCAGGAUUUAGUUAGAAGUGGAAGGCAGGUCUUUGAAGGACAGGAUGGCUGCUCAGCAGCUGCUCAGGCAAAAGAAAAAGCGCUCUAAGGAAGCAGUGCUAUUCCCUGAGAACAUCACCACGGAGCAGCAGUCCCUGGUGCUGGUGAAAAGGCUCCUGGCUGUCUCCGUGUCCUGCAUAACCUACAUGAGGGGGCUGUUCCCAGAGAGCUCCUACGGCACUCGCUAUCUGGAUGACCUCUGUCUAAAAAUUCUCCGAGAAGAUAAAAGCUGUCUGGGAUCGUUGCAGAUAGUCAAGUGGAUUCAAGGUUGUUUUGAUGCUUUGGAGAAGCAGUAUCUACACGUGGCUGUCCUUGCAAUUUACACCAAUCCUGAGACAGUCACUGAACUGUAUCAAUUCAAAUUCAAGUACAAAAAGAAGGUGCCCCAGAUGGACAUCAGCAGCAACCACAGGGAAUUUGUGACUGGGCUGUGCAGCGAGGAUGUCAAACAGGCCAGCAGGCUCCUGCUGCGGACACUGUACCUGCUCAUGCAGGACCUCGGGCCACUGCCCAAUGACAUCACUCUCACCAUGAAACUCCUCUACUACAACGAUGUCACUCCCAAGGAUUACCAGCCCCCUGGCUUCAAGGAAGAUGGCAGCCCUGGUGACCUGUUGUUUAGUGGGGAUCCCAUCAACCUGAGAGUGGGGUCAGUGUCCACUGACUUCCACCUUAUGAAAGUCAGAGUGACAACUGACAAGAAGAGGGUGAGGAAGGCUGACAGCAACCUGAUCCAGAAGAAUGGCCCUACUGAGAUCUCCCACCAAGGGCUGGACUGCGAGGAAGAGGAAGAGGAGGAGAGCACAAAGAGUCACUCUCCCCCUGUCAGAGCAGAUUCAAGUGAGCAUGAAGGGGACAAAAGUGACACCCAUCCAGGCAGGAAAAUGGAAGCAUCUUUUUGCCUUGAAGAUAAAGGUAGAAAGAGGAAGAUGGAAAUAAAGGAGACGGACAGGAUGCCUUGCUCAAGAGCAUGUCAGCAGAUAAACCUCCUGAACCUUGCCUUCAGCCAGGAAGAGGUAAUAGGACCCGAGAAGAAAAGGAAGGUCAGUGAACCAGAGAAGCUGCCUCUGAACAGCAGGAAAUUAUGUUCGUUCUGACACACAAUAGAUUUGGAAGGUGUGAGUUUGCAUUGUCAUCUGACUGGUACAGAUCUUUAACUCUUUCCCAUCCCAUGUGUAUUUCUGCAUGUUUAUUUGUCUCGUGAAAGCUGGAUUGCCGAGAGACAACAAGCACCAGAAUUGUCAUGGCACUGUCAACCAGCUGCACUUGUCUGAUGUUCUAAAGCUGAGGAUUUAUCAUUCCA